GGAAUGAGAUGGUUUUUAAUAUUCAUUCCCACCCAAACCAUUCAAUGAUUUUAUGAUUUAAGACUUUGUAGGCAACCAAGUUAUGCAUUUCCUGUCCCCAUGAAUAUCCAACCUGGUUUACCCUGACUGUAGAUUUUGGGAAUUCUCCAGGUCUUACCCUGGAAAUGGACUUGGCAUAAUCCACCCAGACAAUUCCAUUUAUUUAUGCCACUUGUUCCCAUUUUCCUUGGAGAAAACGAAAUAACCUGCCCACAGAUGCGAUGAUCAAAACAAAACCCCCACCCCGACAUCAGCAGCACUGCUGGCCUGACCAGAGAUGAAUUAAAGGAUUAAUCCCAAUAAAUGGUGUGAAUUCCCAGAGUGCUUUCACUGCUCCCUGGAAUCACCAGCCCAGCCUGAAGGCGAUGCUGAGGUGAGAAAACAACCCACGUGCAUUCCUGGCCUCUCAUCUAACCCAUGAUCCCUGCCCACUCUUUCCAAAUCGUUGGCUUCCUCAUCACUCUGUCCAAAGGCAGGGGAGAUUUAUAUCCUGUCCCCAGGUGAGGGUGUUUUUCCUGGGCUGUGGAGACGACCAGGAGAAGAUGAAGUUCUCCCUCCUUGCGGUGCUGGCUUUGGUCCUGUUUGCAGCUCAAGCAAAUGCCCUGUACUGCUACACCUGCAACUGGGAGCAGAGCAACUGGAGGUGCCUGAAGGCUGAGAAGUGCUCGGACAAGGACGAGUACUGCGUCACCAACGUGGCCUCCGUGGGGAUCGGCUUUUUGUCCCUUUGGAAGAGGAUCACCAAGAAGUGCUCCAGCACCUGCCCACACCACAAUUUCCUGCUGGGCCUGGCCACCUACACCUCCUACUGCUGCCAAAGCUUCCUGUGCAACCUGAGUGCGUGCCCAGGGCCCCGGCUGGCUCGCCCCUGAGCCCCAUCCCGGGUCCUCCUUCAGCUGCUGGGAGAAAAUGGAUCCUGGAGGACUGGAGAUCUUGGCCAGAUCCCCCCAGGAGGGUGUGGACAUCAAACAUGAGGGAUAGAUGAAGUAUUGUUGUCGUGGUCUUGUCCUGUGGUGUCUCCCAACCUUUCUGCUCGUUUUUCUUCUGAGCUCUGUGUCUCCAGCAGCUCAGAGCUCUGAGUGUCACGUCCUUGGAUGCCUCCAGGGAUGGGGACU